CAGGGACAAGAUUUCAAGAUGGCGGAUCAAAAUGUCUUAUACAAUUUUAUACUCAAACAGAUGAUCAAAUAAUAUAGCGAUUGAGGAGAUAUCUCAACGCUUUGGUCAAUCAGUAUGAAGCUUAUCAACAAGAGCUUGGAGAAGGACAGCAGUGGCCAUGUAACACUAGUCCCUGAAGAUCCAGAAGAUAUGUGGCAUACUUACAACUUGGUUUCAGUUGGUGAUCGCCUUAGAUCUACUACCAUUAGGCGAGUCCAGACAGAAUCAGCAACAGGGUCUGUUAGCAGUAACAAGAUUCGUACAACUCUUACACUUGCUGUUGAAAAUAUUGAGUUUGAUACUCAAGCUUGUGUUUUGAGAGUUAAGGGCAGAAAUACUGAGGAAAACCAGUUUGUUAAGAUGGGAGCAUAUCACACUAUAGACUUGGAGCUCAAUAGAAAGUUCACACUCAUCAAAGAACAAUGGGAUUUUAUAGCACUGGAUAGAGUUGAUAUGGCAUGUGACCCAACUCAGCAUGCAGAUCUUGCAGCAAUCAUCCUACAUGAAGGACUGUGUCAUAUAUGUCUGGUAACAUCAAGUAUGACUAUUGUGAGAGCAAAAAUAGACAUGAACGUACCAAGGAAGAGAAAAGGCUACUGUGCGCAGCACGACAAGGGUCUUCUAAAGUUUUAUGAUGCAAUAAUUCAAGCUGUCCUUAGACAUAUCAAUUUUGAAGUUGUUAAAUGUGUUCUAGUUGGUAGUCCAGGUUUUGUCAAGGAUCAAUUUUUAGAUUACAUGUUCCAACAAGCCACUAAGAUGGAAUGGAAAAACUUAUUAGAUAAUAAAUCUAAAUUUCUUUCGGUGCAUUCUUCAUCAGGGCACAAGCAUGCUCUAAAAGAAAUUUUAUCAGAUCCAAGUAUUGCAAGCAGGCUUGCAGACACCAAGGCCAGCAGUGAAGUCAAGUCCCUUGAUACUUUUUAUACAACUUUACAAAAUGAACCAGAUAGAGCAUAUUAUGGAGUUCGUCAUGUGGAGAGGGCAAAUGAAGCAAUGGCUGUUGAAACACUGUUGGUUACAGACAAACUAUUCAGAUCUGCUGAUUUACCUACUCGUAGACGAUACGUUGCUCUUGUAGAAAGCGUCAAGGAAAAUGGAGGUGAAGUCAAGAUAUUCUCUAGCCUACACGUGUCUGGUGAACAGCUUGGCCAGUUGUCAGGAGUGGCAGCGAUCUUAAGGUUUCCAAUACCUGAUAUCGCUGAAGAAGAAGAAGAUGAUGAUGACGACGACGGUGACGAAUCCGGGCCAGACUGAUACAACAUGUUACUCCUUUGCUUUCGAGGCGAAUGUCAUCUUCUAUAAACCAAUUGCAGCACGUCGAAAUGCAGCUCAAUUUUUGGGACGUAACAAUAGGUUUCCAAUUCUCAGAAGAUUGAAAUCUUUUCGUUUCGUCCUCCAAAUAUAGUUGCUUUGACGUCACAUGCAAGUUGUCUAUUCAAGGUAGAAUUGCAUGUUAGAGAUAUCUAAAAUAACGCCAUCUGUUGAGAGAGUAGUGACGUAAAUCCUCUAGAAUAUUGUUACAAAGAAGGAGAGAGAUUUUAAUAUGAUAACUUAAGCUAUGAAUUAAAGCUAGAUAUAAUAGAUAAUGAAUUGAACGACACACUGCGAAGAUGUUUGGAUUAGUGAAUGUUUUUCUAGCGCACAAAACGAUAAGCUUCAAAAAUAAAAGAUAUCGCUAAAACAU